AUGGGUCUUCAACUCCGUGAAGCUGAUGAAACUUUUCAUGCUCAUGAAAGUUACUACACUAUGUCCAAAGAUGAGGAGUUCACUGUACAGAUCAUAGAGAAUGUCCCAGAAUAUGGUGAAGAUGUUGUCAGAAGCCACCUUCCACAUUCCUCCUGGGAGGUGAUCAGCGUUUGCUUGGACCCCAGGCUGUUCGGGCAGGCUGCAGCCAGACCUCGCCGAUACUUCGUGUGUUGGAAGAAAGGUUCAGUGGAUACAAACCCCAACAUCAAAAUCGAAGAUGUCAUCAUGGCUUUGAGGACAUACCCUGUUAUUGAUCCCAUCAAGUACUUUUGGCAAAACUUGGGCCCCACGAACUUAUCUGAUGCACAGGAACUCAAGAGGAAGCUGAUGCCUCUGGAAGCUUUGACUACUCAUCUGCUUCCCACCACCCGGGGGCAAGCUGAGCUGAGUGGUGGUGUGAAACUUGAGUUGGGUUCUGCCCCACCUACGGUUGCGAAACAGGCGGAGGAGAAGGAGGAGGAAGAGGAGGAGGAGGACGGCGAGGAAGAGGUUGAUCUCCAAGCGAAUGGUCCCUUCUCUGCCAGUCUUCUGGCUUUCACCUUGGACAAACCAGCUGACGGUUACCCGAUCUUAGAGGAUUGGUCGCCAACCCCUGGAGUUUGGAUCUUUGACCCCAUCGAAAGGUGGCUGCAGACCCUUUGCUCCAUCUCUGUGUGCUUCAUCAAGUUGGACCGACCGGAGCUCUACAUGUUUAGGAGGAUGCAACUGGCUGAACAGGCUGCCUUGAAACAAGCAAGGAACCCUUUGCAGAAAACAAUGAUUUUCAAUGCCAGAGCUAUGGCCUUGCAGGCUGCUGACCCAUCGUCGUCUUACAAAGACAACUUCUUGAAAGCUUGCGAUGAGUACAACUCUUUUGGCAGUGCUCUGAGCAACAGCAAGAUCAGAGUUGAACAAAAUCUAGCGCUGAAGCUCUACGGGCUGAAGGUUGGCCUUGCAGACAAAGCCUGGGCAAGCAUCGAACGACACUUGCACGUGUUCAGGCUUACAGCCCAGCAGUGGGAUGCUGAGGUCGAGUUGGCAUGUCUGGGUAGUUGGGUGCUACUCAAGAUGGAGGAGGCAAAGGAUGAUCAGGGUACCGCAAUUUUCAGUACUGCUGCCUUGAAGAUGUGUCGUGCACGCUUCAUCGAAGGGGACUUCAUGGAGGAUUUGGGGACGUUUUUGGCUUCGGCUGAUCCUUCCUUUGAACCCAAGUCUACGGUCAUGUGGAUUGAGAGUAGCCCUGAAAGUACUGACAGCAAACGAAACGAUGCUGCUUUGGGGGACGCUGAGAAGAAAAUCAUGCAACUUGAAUCUCAACAAAAUGAUGUGGCUUGGCAGUCGGAUACCUUGAAGCUGGCCAAAGAUGCAUCGAUGUGCGCCAAGCUUGUCCGACAAGCUGCAUCCAAUGAGAGGGCUGAUAGAUUGGCGAAGAUCACCCACAUCAAAGAGCAGAACAAGAUUGGGGCAUCGCUCAUCCAAACGUUUACCGACAACCAUUGUCAGCAUGUGACCCUUACUGCUGGUGAUGCUGAUGGGCUCAAAAAGAUUUUGACCAGAAAGUCAUCGCAUACAGUGGCAUUCGUGUUGGCACCACACCUUGUGAGCGCCAAAACUGUCAAUGCCACCAUUCGUGGAGAGACAAGGUGUGAUACACCGCCAUCAGCCAAGCGGGUCCCCAUGCACUACCCGGCUUGGCUUGUGGUUUGCGACUCCUUUGUCGACCAAAACAUUUGGAGCAAUUGCCAACUCAUGAUGGACAGGACGACUCGGACGACCGUACCCUUUGCUGCGGAGACACCGUAUGUGGUGCCUACUUCUGGCAAAGAUGCGUUGCCACUGGCAUCAGAAGGGCCCAGGUCGAUGUCGGACGUGCAAGAAAGUGCGCAAAUCUUGGCUGGGCAGCAGCUACCGACUGCAGUGCUCUCAUCCAUUCUGCAUGGAGCAGACUUGGCUGCGAAGCUGGUUGGAGUUGUGAAUUUGACUCCAUAUGAUGCCCACCUGGAAUCCACAUGUGUCCACUGGCAGCAGAACCAUGGUUCGGACCAUCCUUUGCUGAAAUCGUUUAGCGUUUCUGAUGGUGCUGAUGAAGUGCUUUUCAGUGAGCGAGUUUUGGCAAACCAGCUACUGCAGGAGUGGAAGAGCGGCUCACCGAUCUUCAAAUGCUUUCGUCAAUAUGAUCCAAACUUUGAGCAGAACACCGGCCUGAAAUUGGAGGACUACCCACUGAAGUUCUGCCAGGUGACUCAUGACCCAUCCAAGAAGGGCAUCCAUCAAUAUGUCUUCAGUUUGCCUGUCUCGGUUCGAUCUCUCUAUAGCCGUGACAGUGUGAGGGCAGAAGAAUGGCAGAAAUUGAUCACUGACUUUGACCAAAAGUUUCAUUACUUCCUGGAUUCGGUGUUCCACAUCACCAGAACCCAGGAGGUCAUCGAGGUUCCUGAGGAAGAUGUGGAGGAGGCGGUCAAACCAUGGGAGCAAGAGCCCCAGGACUUGCAAUCUCUCAUGGACACCUACAUCGUGGAGAACAAGUUCGCUGCAGCCAUUCCUGGUGCCAUGUUGUAUCUCACCAAGGCUGAGACCCGUGCAGGUGAACGUGUUGAUGUCACCGCUGACCAGAAGAACAAACUCUUCAUGGUUGCUCACAUGGGAGUCUCCCUGGGCCAGAACGAGGUGGUUCUUUCCCACGGAAAGGCUAGCUUCAUGAAACAGGAGAAAGUUGCAAAGCUGCUUCGAGAAGGCUGGGAACUUGGGGCUGGACUGAGCCCUGCCGUGGAUCUCACUAGUACGGUUUGA